AUGCAUGAUUACAAUUGCAUUACCCUCAAUUCUUCCCGCUCUUUCCUAAUAUCUAGAUAUCGUGAAUAUGGAUUUGAAAUGCAUAUUCACCUAGCAAUCCUUGUUUCCCAGAUAUCGCUUUCGUCGACGCAAAAUGUGAACGUUGUGAUUCAAGGAGCAACAUCAAUUGGUGAAACAGAUGAUAACUUUGUAUGCGCUACAUUGGAUUGGUGGCCUACUGAAAAAUGCAACUACAAUCAAUGUCCUUGGGGAAAGGCUGGACUAUUAAAUUUGGAUUUGAAAAAGAAGGGUCUGAUAAAUGCAAUAAAAGGUGAUGAUCCAAACAUGAUUACCAAGAUUCAAGAUCCAUCUUACUUAAAUCAGGUUGCCCAAACCUAUAAAGGUGUUUUGAAUAUUGUCAACAAGUUUAAACCGCAGUCGGGAGCUUGGGUUUCUGAAUCUGGCGGAGCUCUUCACGGCGGUGCUAAAGAUUUGUCCCCAACCUUUGCUGAUGGAUUUUGGUAUCUUGAUCAAUUGGGAAUGGCUUCAACCUACAAUCACAAGGUCUUCUGCAGGCAAACUCUAAUCGGUGGAAAUUAUGCUUUACUUAAUACUACAACAUCUAUUCCCAAUCCAGAUUACUACGGUGCACUUCUAUGGCACCGGCUUAUGGGAAGUACUGUACUUGCCGUAACUCAAGAGUCUAACCCAAAUUUGCGUGUAUAUGCUCACUGUGCGAAGAAAAAGCCUGGGAUUUCUAUCAUUUUUAUUAACUUGUCGAAAGAUAGCUCGUUCAACGUCACCCUUUCAAAUUACGAGCACCAGAGUCGUAAUUCGAGAUCCACGGAUGUUGCGAAGCCUGAAUUUAGAGGUUCCAAGGAUAGAGAGGAGUAUCAUUUGGCUGCGCUAGCUGGAAAUAUACAAGGUCAAAUCGUGUUGCUAAAUGACGUUCCAAUGGUCCCAACAGAAACAUUCGACAUUCCGACGAUGGAACCAAAGCUUGUCAAUGCUUCCACGCCCAUCUCUAUUGCAGCUCAUUCCAUAGUCUAUGUAACCAUCGAGACUUUCAAGCCCUGCACUGUGCUUAAAUUACAUCAUUACUUUAUCUAA